AUGAAAUUAUUAUUUUAUUGUUUUCUCGAACAAUCAUUAUCAUUGGAUUUAGAAGCAAUAUUAUCAGAAUUAACAGCCAUUCUAUUUAGAGAAACUGAUGUUGAUCAAUUAGAUUAUAUUAGUUUAGAAGGAUUAAGGAGUUCAGUUAAACGAAAAGAUGUUUUACCUCAAGGAUGGGCGAUAACACAACAUAAUUAUCUUGAUGCUAUUUUCAGAAGUAAAUUAAGACUUGUUUAUAUCACAGAUGUUGUUAAAUUUGCUUUAGGUGUCCUUGUUUUAUAUUAUUUAUUUAGCAUUCGUACGAAAGAAUGUGAAAUAUACACAAUAAUAACCAGCAUCAUGAUGUUCAAAUCAUUUAUUAUUUUUUCAAUUAUUGUUGGUCUUGUUUUAACUAAACCUAUAAAAGAAAAAAUCAAAAAUGAAAAAAUUUCUCAAGAUAUAUCAAUGGAACAAGCUUUUCGACAAGCUGAAAUGACUCUCAAUAGUUAUUUUUAUUUAAUAACAUCAGAUACAGAUCAACUUGUUCAUGCUCUGUUACAUAUAUUAAUAAAUAAUCCAAAAUCAUUUCCAUUUAUACCAUAUCGUGCAUUAGAUAUAGCAUUGAAAAAUUUUGCAAACAAGUUAAGUCAAGAUGAUGUGGAUAUUUUAAUAAAACCAAUAUUAUUGUCUAUUGAACAAAAUGCUCAAAAUAAUUUGAAACAAGCAUCAUCAUUUCAAUUGACGGAUGAAAUUAAACAUAAAAUAGAAGAUACAUUGGACAAAUUCUUAGAAGAACACGAAAACACUUCUCAUGUAUAA